AUGGAGGGAGAGGUCAUACUGAACUCCUCUGCAAACGCCAGCACCAUGGAUAUCCAUCUUGUCACUCACAGUCUCUGGGAGGUGAUCACCAUCGCAACUGUGUCAGCCAUUGUCAGCCUCAUCACCAUAGUGGGGAACGUUUUAGUGAUGCUGUCCUUCAAAGUGAACAGCCAGCUAAAGACGGUGAAUAAUUACUACCUGCUGAGCCUAGCAGCUGCUGACCUUAUCAUUGGCGUUUUCUCCAUGAACCUGUACACCUCUUAUAUCCUAAUGGGUUACUGGGCCUUAGGGAACCUUGCUUGUGACCUGUGGUUGGCGUUGGACUAUGUAGCUAGUAACGCUUCUGUCAUGAACCUGUUGGUGAUCAGUUUUGACAGAUAUUUCUCUAUCACCAGACCUCUGACCUACAGGGCCAAACGGACUCCCAAACGAGCCGGGAUCAUGAUCGGUUUGGCGUGGUUGGUGUCGCUGAUCCUGUGGGCUCCGCCUAUUCUCUGCUGGCAGUACUUUGUUGGAAAAAGGACAGUCCCUGAGAGGCAAUGCCAGAUCCAGUUUUUCUCUGAGCCUGUGAUAACCUUUGGGACAGCUAUCGCUGCUUUUUAUAUCCCUGUAUCAGUCAUGACAAUCCUCUACUGUCGGAUCUACAAAGAGACAGAAAAGAGGACUAAAGAUCUGGCCGAGCUGCAGGGGAUUAACUUUACAACAGACCCAGGGGUGACCCAGCCUCAGAAGACCAUUAUCAGAUCUUGCUUUAGCUGUAAAUUAAGGUCCACUUCACAUGACAGGACUCAAGCAUCUUGGUCAUCUUCAAGCAGAAGCAAUGCGGCAAAAUCAGCAGCUACCACUAACGAUGAGUGGUCCAAAGCCGGGCAGCUGACCACCUUUAAUAGCUAUGCCUCUUCUGAGGACGAUGAAAGGCCUGUGUCUCCAGGUGGAUUUCAGACCUCUUUCAGGAACCAAGCCUGCGAGACCAUCAAGAGCGGAGCGGGCAGUGAGAGCGAGCAGCUCAGCAGCUACGAGGAGGACAGCUUCUUCCAAACCCCGCCCAAGAACAGCUCUCAGAAGAGCACCAAAGGUGUCUCAUACAAGUUCAAACCUGUGUCCAAAGACGCUCAUGUGGAGAACCACAGUAAGAACGGAGACACCAAAAUGGCUUCAUCAACAUUCUCCUCUGCUGAAUCCAUGAGCGCCCCAUCCACCUCCUCCACGUCUAAGCCCAUAGACAGCUCCCUGAAGAACCAGAUUACAAAGAGGAAGAGAAUGGUGCUGAUCAAGGAGAGGAAGGCGGCUCAGACUCUCAGCGCCAUCUUGCUGGCUUUCAUCCUGACUUGGACACCAUAUAACAUCAUGGUGCUUAUUUCCACUUUCUGCUCAGACUGCAUUCCCCUCUCGCUCUGGCACCUGGGAUACUGGCUCUGCUAUGUAAACAGCACCGUCAACCCCAUGUGCUACGCUCUCUGCAACAAGACUUUCCAAAAGACCUUUCGCAUGCUUUUACUCUGUCAGUGGAAGAAGAAAAGGAUUGAGGAGAAGCUGUACUGGUACGGACAAAACCCUGUAGUCAGCACUAAACUGACGUGA